CCGGCCUAACAGCAUUUGGCAAGUAUCCUCGUUGUAGUUCACUCGUUAUAUUUUUUUUUAAGUCCGGGAGGGAUUUUUCCUGUUUUCUAACGGAAAUAUGAGAUUUACAAUCCUAGAACCCGAUGGAAAGGCACACGACUUCGUUCUGACAGGCGACAAACUGGGACAAGAGGCAUUGGACAAGGUCUGUGAGAAGCUUGGAAUAAAGGAGAAAUAUUAUUUUGGUCUUCGACACUCUGUGAAUGAUUUUGGCGUUUGGUUGAAUCUUAGAAAUCCAGUGUCAACUCAGCUUCGCCCUCAUUUACCUGGAAAACCUCAUCGGCUCCGCCUUGAGGUUAAAUUUUUCGUAGCACCACAAGAACUUCAACAGGAGGAAACGAGGCGACAGUUUUACCUCUGUCUUAAGAGGCAAAUGGCCGACGGAAAAUUUAAUUUGACUCAGGACAACGCUGUUCAGCUUUGUGCUCUUAUGGCCCAGGUUGAGUAUGGAGAUUACUCAAACACGCCCAGAAUCUGCCCUCAGUUUCUUUCACCUUGGGGCCGAGAAGAUAUGGACGCAAAAAUAGCUGAGGCACAUCAAAAGCUACAAGGGAUGUCAUCAUCAGUUGCAAGAGAUGCAUUUCUCAAUGUCAUGGCUAAGGAAGAGCUUUACGAUGCAGAAAAUUUCAAAGCCAAAACAGGCAAGCAAAAAGUUAUGGUUGCAGUUGGAAGCAGUGGCUUGAAAGUAUACGAGAGAAGAACCCACGGAAAGCUCAAGCAAAGCAUUGGGUUUGAAAGCAUAAUGAAGAUGAAUGUGUCUGAAGAGCGACUGAUUGUUGUGUUGAAGAAAAUGUCAGAAAACAGCAAGUUGAAUUUCAUCCACUUCUUCUUGUCCAGCAGUGAUGCUGCAAAAGCAAUGCACAAGGCUGCUAUGGAGCACCAACUAUUCUUCUACUCCAGUAAAGUGCGACAGUCAGUUCUCAAUCAUUAUUUGCUUUCCACCCCAUGUUGGGCUUUGCCAGCUAAGUGGUUCACCAAGGUACCAUCAGGUGAGCUUUUUCACUUGGAUGUGAAACAUACAAGGCGUCAGGCUUACGACCUUCACUAUGAAAAUGUUCAUGAGGACAGUGACUCUGUGUUUAGACAUGACUGGGUAUCAAAGUGCUCCAAGUGUAUCUCUGAAGAAGCCAAUGCACUCUUCACACCAUGCGGGCAUCUUGUUUACUGCAGUGACUGUGCAAAGACCGGAUCAUCUUGCCCUGUGUGCAAUACUGCUGUUACCAGCUGGCAAAGGGUUUAUUUCUCCAAUGAUUCAGAGUGUGAUGAUUGGACUUGCCAGAUUUGUAUGGACUCUGAAAUCAACACUGCAUUUUCUCCAUGUGGACAUGUAUGUGCAUGCGAGAAAUGUUCACGCCAUCUUCCCUACUGCCCAAUGUGCAAGACAUUUACCACCUUUGUUCAGAGAAUUCACGUUCAGUUCCCUGAACAACCUGGUGAAAGUGGUGAUGAUGAUGCUGAUGUCUAUAAUUCUUAAGUAUGGUUGUUCACCGAGAACUUGACUUGACUAUUAGUUUAUGUUAUGUGUUUCUGGGAUUUUGUGAAUUACAAACUGUUUUGAAUAGUUCUGUUUAUCCACACUUGCCAUCUUAAGCAAUUGUGGAUUUUAAUGAUUGAUUGGAAUUGUCAGUGAUCAAUAGAAAUAAGUGUGUAAUGAUUAUCCUGUGGUGCACAGUGUGACAGUUAGUUAUUGUUGUUUGUUAGUUUUUUUGUUUUUUUUUUUUAUAUGAUGAUCUCUACAUAUGAGAUCACUUGAUUAAUUUAUGAGACUGUAAAUCUGAGCUAAUGCAUCAUAUUUUGUUUGUUAGUAAUAUGUAAAUGUGAAUCAGCCCUACAAGUGAUAAUGAAAAAAUUAUUGUAAUUGUGAAGUUGUCAAGCUCGCAUCUGUGUUGUCUCUGAAAAGUCUCAAAACUUUUCCAGCCCUAUUCAAAGUCUUGCAUCCAUUGAGAAAGUUACUUUUAAGAUUAAUACACAGUCUUGUAUAUUGUUUGAAAGUGAUUGUCCAAUCUUCCAAAAAAAAUUAAACAAAUUUAUUUUAAUAAUCCACAGUCUUAUUCCUUAGGUGAUAUUGUGAUCUUUGUCAAAAUAGGGUCUAUUUAUUUGUAUUAUUCAGAAGCUCGUGAUCAGACCAUUAUUAAGUUUUUGUGUUGUAAAUAGUAUUGUUUACCAAAACCUAGAUAUUUAAGUUGGCAAAAAUUUUCAAACUUUUCAAGUCUUAAAGAUUUAACUUAAGAGAACUACAAAUAUGUAUAUAAAAGAAAGAUAUUGUAGUUGUAUGAGAUAGAAUUGUAACAUCUGUCGAAAUGAAUUUUUGAUGAGAAGUGUUAAAGGGUUUUUCCUGUGGAAAAUUAGUGAUGUUAGUCGUUUACCACAUUAAAGAGUCAACUGAGAGUGUCA